GAGAGCCAGCUUCAUGUUCAGUAACGAACAUUGUCAAAGUAAAAACUAAAAAGGUGUGUGUUCCAUCCCAGAACUACCUGUAGACUCACUCAGGAGUCAGAACUGAAUGUUAGCAGGGAGUACUCUCUUAUUAGUACUAUAAUAGUAGUGUUACUUGGCGGUGCUCACGAUCGGUUCUGUAAUACCUCUUUUGUCUUCAUUUUUAUCUUCAAUUGGAUCUGGUGCUUUUAUGAGACAUGUCUUCUCCGUCUCUGGAAAGCUCGGAAAAUGUGCGGGAGCAGCCCGUAGCCACGCUUCCAGUAGCCAGUCGGCGUCCGAUUCGUCGAGGCAUGCGUCUCAAUCGCAGCGCUUCAAGUACUUGCAGCAGUAAUGAGGCUUGUAGUUCUCAGGAGGCCUCGUCGCAACAAAAAGGCGAUGUCUCUUCAUCUGGUUACCAAACUGCUCUAUUUAGUGGUGUACAUUCUUCUGCUGCCUCGUCUACUGAGGAUGCUUUACGGAGACUAAAGGAAAUGGACGGAAUUCGACCUCUAGAAGAAGAGCAUGAACACAGAGAAUAUUAUGCCCAUGGAAGUAGAAAAAAGGCAAAGUUCAGCAUCACUGCACUUACCGAUGAUGAUACUGCGUUUGCUCCAUACCAAAGUGUAGUAGAGGACGAGGAGGAGGUUACUGGCAUUGCCUCGUCAUCGAAGCGGGAUACUCAUAUGAGGACGGAACGGCGUUCACCAACACCACCCCCUGAGUUUGAUUCCGCGGCAUAUGCCAGGUCGGCGUCCACACACUCUUGUGCAAUGAGGAAUCUCAACGAUACAUUAGGUGCAUUGCGCCGCUCAGCACCAGUUGUAGGCGAAGUUCUUCCGGACACUAUGAUACCCACUGCUGUUCCUGUGGUGGAGAAUGACUUGUUGGUCAAGAUUCGGCAUAAGGGCGUCGUGAAUAGGAUCAGUCUGAAGAAGACUGCACGUGUGGCAGAGUUGGUGAAUCAGUUUGCUCAGAACCAUAGCCUAGCGCCACAUCUCGUUACACUGUGGAAGGGGGAUGACACCCUGUCACCGGAACAUACAUUACAGCAAGCCGGUGUCCUGCUAACAGACAUAUUAGACUGUAGUGUUAGCAGCGAGGACACCAUCGUGCAGGAUGGCACUCGGGAGCGCAACAUGAUCUCACUGAAAGUUCAAGACAAGGCCAAGUCUUAUGUUCUUUGCAUCGGCAAAAGUCAGCGGCUCGCUGAUCUAUUGGCGCUGUAUUGCGAGAAGUCGGGCAAUGCUCCUGCGAACGUCACAUUAGUGUUUGAUGGUGACAAGAUUGAUUUGAGUGAAAGUCCAGCUGACUUGGACAUGGACAAUGAUGAUGUGGUUGAUGCACGUUUAGUUUGACGCACUGGCCAUAUAUCUAGUGGACCAGCUUCCUGGUCUCUUUUUUUACUCUAGUACACUGUUCUCAUUUUGAGGCAUUUCAAACCACUUGCAGAACACCUUUGCCCAUAAUUCCACUGCAUUGUUGUUGUUGUUUUUGUCUACCGGCUCACGGUGAUCCUUUAGGAGGGUGAGCACAUUAUUUUGUUCUUGUUUAGCUCUUUCUAUGAUUUGUACUUGGGGGACUUGCAACAGUUUUUUUACUGCCAGUUUCAAAUGAAUGGACUGUACAUCACAUUGUAAUCAUGUGUAUGCGGUGCAUGUGCUUGUUUGCAACGGUUUUCUGUUCUUAGUCAUCUGUCUGCGCUGUUAGCUUUCAAGGAUUGUUCACUGUUCUUAGUCAUCUGUCUGCGCUGUUAGCUUUCAAGGAUUGUUCACUGUUCUUAGUCAUCUGUCUGCGCUGUUAGCUUUCAAGGAUUGUUCACUGUUCUUAGUCAUCUGUCUGCGCUGUUAGCUUUCAAGGAUUGUUCACUGUUCUUAGUCAUCUGUCUGCGCUGUUAGCUUUCAAGGAUUGUUCACUGUUCUUAGUCAUCUGUCUGCGCUGUUAGCUUUCAAGGAUUGUUCACUGUUCUUAGUCAUCUGUCUGCGCUGUUAGCUUUCAAGGAUUGUUCACUGUUCUUAGUCAUCUGUCUGCGCUGUUAGCUUUCAAGGAUUGUUCACUGUUCUUAGUCAUCUGUCUGCGCUGUUAGCUUUCAAGGA